AUGGACGCGGAUGAGUUUAGAAAGGCUGCCCACGCGGCGAUAGAAGAAAUCAUCUCAUACAACCAGAACCUCCCCAACUAUCCGGUGCUGCCAACCAUCAAACCAGGAUUUCUGGCACCGCAAUUACCCAAAUCGGCCCCUGAAAGGCCGCAGUCGUGGUCGGAGAUCCAACCGGAUAUCGCGUCGAAGAUCGUGCCUGGCAUCACCCAUUGGCAGUCGCCGAACUUUAUGGCCUUCUUUCCCGCCGGAGUCACUUAUCCAUCCGUGUUGGGGGAGAUGUAUUCGGCGACAUUUACCGCGCCGGCUUUCAAUUGGCUCUGUAGCCCUGCUUGCACUGAGCUUGAGACCGUGGUAAUGGACUGGUUGGCUCAAGCCUUUGAUCUCCCCAAAGAAUUCCUCAGCACAUCACCUUCUGGUGGAGGAGGAACCAUUCAAGGCUCUGCCUCCGAAGCCGUUGUCACUUGCAUGGUUGCGGCCAGAGAACGGUACCUACAUACCAAAUGCGAUGCGGAGAAUCUUGCCCCGGACUCUCGAGAACGUGAAGACAGGAUUGCUUAUCUUCGUGGACGUCUGGUGGCUCUGUCCUCCGAUCAAACCCACUCUUCGACUCAAAAGGGAGCUUUGAUCGCCGGCACACGGUAUCGGUCCAUCCCCACCAAGCUCGAAAAUGGACUCUCGCUACAAAGGGAGGAACUUGAAGCCGCUCUUGCUCAAUGUGAGGCCGACGGUCUGGAGCCGUACUACAUCACAUUGACAUUGGGGACGACGUCCACAUGUGCGGUCGAUGAUUUUGCCGGCCUGGCGCCUGUUCUCAAAGCGCACCCCAAUCUCUGGGUGCAUGUCGACGCUGCAUUUGCCGGAGCUGCCCUUGUAUGUCCCGAAUAUUCUUCCCAAUACUCGCCAUUAAUGACCAUUGCCGACUCUUUCAACAUGAACAUGCACAAAUGGCUGCUGGUCAAUUUCGACGCCUCUUGUCUCUUUGUCCAGAACCGAAACCACUUGACCCGCGCUCUAUCGAUUUCGGCGGCCUACUAUGUCAACAAACACACCGACAGCGGUCUCGUCACGGACUACCGGGACUGGCAGAUCCCCCUAGGCCGUCGAUUCCGGGCCUUGAAGAUAUGGUUUGUGGUGCGCAGCUACGGAUUGGAAGGGAUGCGGGCACACAUCCGGAACAGCAUCAAGAUCGGCGAGAUCUUCGCGGCGCUCGUCCGCGACAGACCCGAUUUAUUCGAGAUUGUUACCAAACCUGCCUUUGCUUUGACCUGUUUCCGAGUCAAGCCGUCUGCUCUGUCCUUGGAAGGUCCUGCAGAGACGAAAUCAAAUGUGGUGCCCCCAGUGGCGGCCACUCAACAACGAGAGCAGGAAGCGAACGCUGUGACCAAGCAGAUUGGCGAUUUGAUCAAUGAGCGUGGAGAGAUCUUCCUCACCUGCAGCGGCACGGCGGGCAAAUCUUUUAUGCGUAUAGUCAGUGGAAACCCCAAUGCACAAGAGAAAUAUGUUCGCGCAGCAUUCGACAUCAUUGUUAAGACAACGGAGGAAGUCAUCUUUUCGAGAAAUUCGGGACAAGUGAAGGCGAUGGAGAAUGGGCAUGUGGUAUAA